AAAUAGCUAAGGAAUUACUAUCUUGCCAGUCAUAGAAUAUUUGAGUUGGAAGGAACUCAGUAAGAUCAUCAAAGUCCCAGCUUCUGGCCCUGCCCAUGACAGCUCUAAGAAUCACAUGUUCCAUGUUCAAGAACUGAAGCUUUUGAUCCUGGUACUGCCUUCACUUAUGGUGAGAAGCACUCUUUUCUUCAGGAGUGGGCAAGGGGCAGGGCACUAAGUUCAGGUGAAUGUGCUCUAUAUGGUGACCGCAGAUGUUUUAACAGCCAAAGCAGAUGAGCAGCUUCAGACAGGGUUUUUUUGUUGGGUUUUUCUUUUUUUGCUCCAGAGGGAAAAAACUUAGCUAAUAGUGAUAAAAUUGCUCAGAAGCCUGGUGCGAGGGUUUUGCGUGGUGACUGCUGCAGAUCUGCAGUCACAUGAGUGCAUUUUGUGAAUGGACUGGCAGCCUGACCUCUGUAGAACUGCACAGGGCAUUGCAUGGUAAGCGUUUUUGUUAAUGACAGGCUUCUUACCCUGAGAGAGAGCUGGGGGGGAGAGUGUUUUCCUGCAAGUGAGGUGCCUGGGUAUUGGUUCACAUGCAGGGAGUUGUAGUCCCCUCCUCUACCAGUUAGUCAGCUGAGCUGUUAAUUCAGGCAGCUUCUCUGUAAAGAGCUAAAGCAGAGGCAGUAAGCACCAAAACACCUGCGCAGGUCAAGAAGUGUAGCUUUUCCUAAGCUUUGUUAGACUUUCCAGCAUGUCCCAGAGCUGUGGAGGUGCUCUCAGAGCAUGCUGAGGCUACUGUGGGGAAAUGUUCCCCUCCAAAACUAGGUUUCUGCUUCUGUUGCUUUGAAAGCAGAUGGGAGGCCAGACCAGGGCACUAGUUUGCCUGCAGCACAGUAAUAUUGCCUGUAUCAGGAAGGAUCCAAAGUGUGGCAUGCAGACAGCAACUGUUGCUCAGCUUUCCCAGCUAUCUAGAAUAGAUCUGACAAGCAAUUAGAGCAUGAAUAUAUUACAGAGCCGAUGGGGGAUGCCUUUGUUAAAACUUGUGACCCAUACUUAGCUGCUGUUUACAUUGGCGGCUGCUUCGAGGGUGGGCAAGACCCUACCUGCCUGUCUUUCUCCACUCUCCUUCCCUGCGCGGAGCGAGCCGGCGAGCUCUGCAUCUCAUUGGAUAUUUCAAAUGCUUUCUGCACAAGUCAUAAUUAAUGCCGAGUUGUGGAGCUAAGACCAGAUGUGCUGCCGAGAUUAUCUCCCAGGGCAGAUCGGCUGCUCUGAGCUCUGUAGCGCUGGGUGAAUGGAAAGCUGCCAGUGCUGGGACUCAGAAUGUGUCUGAUGCCUGAAGUCAGGACUUUCUUUCUCUGCCGCUCCUGCUGUCUGACACUGCCUGGUUUCUGCUUGAAGCUCAGCGCCUGUCAUGUAGCGGAGUGCUGCACAAGAACGAGAGGGAUCUUUGGGCAGCGCCUGGAGGACACGGUGCAGUACGAGCGGAAGUAUGGCCAGCGCCUGGCCCCGCUGCUGGUGGAGCAGUGCGUGGAUUUUAUUCGGGAGCGAGGGCUUACGGAGGAGGGGCUCUUUCGGAUGCCUGGACAAGCCAACCUUGUCAAAGAUCUCCAGGAUUCUUUUGAUUGUGGAGAGAAACCCCUUUUUGACAGCAACACAGAUGUUCACACUGUGGCGUCCCUCCUGAAGCUUUACCUUCGAGAGCUGCCAGAGCCUGUCAUCCCCUUUGCCAAAUACGAAGACUUUCUUUCUUGUGGACAGCUACUCUCAAAAGAUGAGGGAGAGGGUACCCAGGAACUGGUUAAACAGGUGAAGAAUUUGCCCCAAGCCAACUACAACCUCCUCAAAUACAUAUGCAAGUUCCUUGAUGAAGUUCAGGCUCAUUCCAGCAUUAACAAGAUGAGUGUCCAGAACCUGGCUACAGUAUUUGGACCAAACAUCCUGCGGCCCAAAAUGGAGGAUCCAGUGACCAUGAUGGAAGGCACCUCACUAGUUCAGCACCUGAUGACAGUACUGAUAAGUGAGCAGGGGCGGAUCUUUGCUGUUCCUCAGGCGGAUGUGCCAGGGAGCCAGCUGGAAAUCAGACCAGUGCGCCAGCGCAGCACUGUCGAGUGGAUCUCCGAGGAGGACGGGGAGGACAGCAGGUCACAGAACAGCGCUGCCAGCCCCACUGAUUUGCCUUCUGGCAAUGCUGUGGCUCUAGAGGCCACUCCAGGACCUGCAGUGAAAAUCACUCCUCCAGAGCACAGUGGCAAAUCGACUCAGCCUGCCACAAGCCCCAGUAAAAGAGUGCAGACACUGCCUCCAUGGAAAUAUUCCUUCCGCCAGCAGGGAGCACGGUCCGUGAGUCCAAAGCUGGGCAGCUCCUCCUUAGAUAUCCCCAACCUCUCCUCCAGCGGGAACUGGUUGAUGAAUGGCCUGUACUCCCUCCGAGGCCAUCGCAGGACAGCCUCUGGGGAACGAGUGAAAGACUCGUGUUCCUCCCAGAGACUCUCCACUUACGACAAUGUCCCUUCAUCCAGCCUGUCCCUCAGCACACACAGCAUGGCCAGCACCACCUGGUCUACAUCAUCCUGUGAGAUCUCUGUGAUGGACUCGGUGAGCAGCUGCCCAGCCUGCCGGGCCAGUGACUCUUCUGCUUUGAGCUCCCUAAAAACCGAGUGGGUAACUCAGGGCUCGCUGUCCCAGAGCGAGGUCAAGACAGCAGAUCUGGAGAACAGCAUGGACAGGUUUGAAGCUUGCAGCAUCAGCAGCAGUGAACAGAGUGACCCGGCUACAGCUUCACGAGACUCUCUCCAAUGCUCCAGGGCCUUACAGAGCUUGGUGGUGGAGCUAAAGACAGAGCUGAGCAAACAGAGGACUGAAUAUGAGACUAGUAUCAAAAGAAUUGAAGAAACAAGUGCAGACCUGAGGAACCAAGUGGUUAGGUUAGAAGAAGAACUGGACCAAGAACGAAAGAAAUACACGAUGCUGGAGAUAAAACUGAGGAAUUCUGAACGCGCUCGUGAAGAUGCUGAGAAGAGAAAUUACCUCCUGCAGAAGGAAAUGGAAGAAUUUUUUUCAACAUUAGGAUGUUUAACUGUUGGGAGUCAAAGUGCUAAAGACCCCAAGUAGAACAAGUAUAGAAAAUCCUGUUCCUGACAAAAUGAGUGAAAAUGCAUAUUUUGUUCUGGUAUACUCAUGUAUCAUGAGUAAUUCUAUAGUGAUUGUGCUCCCAGUGACACUUGCCCUGUUGUCUUUACAUGUGCUGUAGUAUUUGGGCUAGCUGGGAAAGACUGCUGACCAUAAAGCUUGAAAAUUUAGUGUCAGAUUGCCAAGAAAGAGAGGGUCCCCUCUGUAUCCACAGAACAAUAAGAUAUUCUUCUCCAGAGUGUCCUGCUGCCAUCUUUGGACUGAGCUGCACCAUCCUUUUGCUGCCUCAAGGAGAGUGGAAGGUCCUGCAGGGUGGGUGGAUAGCCAGAACCAACAGACAAGCUGAGCCUGGAGCUGAGGGAUUCCUGCACUUGUACUUGGGAAGGUGGCAGUUCCAGCCUGUCACCACAGCCAGGACGUUUGCCAGACAGAUUAUUGAGGUGGCUUUUGCCCACUCCCUCCAUAAAGUUUGUUCAAAUGUCUCAUUCCUAAAGUGGUAUUAUUUUAUGAAGAUAUUGUGAAAACAAAGUCUGCAAACAUGCUGAAGAUACCAAAAUCUUGACAAUUCACUAAAAUUGUCCCUUACCCACCCAAU